UAGUAGAUAAAUGAAGGUCGAUGGACAUUCUAGAAGAGAAGCAAAGUUGUAUUUGAAUUGAAAGUGAAAUAAAUAGUGUGAUAGUUGAGGAUUGAGAGAGAGAGAGAGAGAAAAUAGAAAGAUCACGAGAGGAGAAAGGGAAAAAGGGGGACAUAUAGCUAGAAAGGUCACAAGAGUCACAAUGGAGAGUGGUUCAAACACAGGGAAGGGGAAAAGUAUUAGUGGUGGUGGAAACACAGUUGAGGUUCUAGAUGGUUCUAAUAUUAUGGAGUUGGUUGGAAACAAAGAUGUUUUCACCAAAUUCGUGAACCAUAAGUUUCAUGAGUUGGAUACAGACAAAGAUGGUAAACUCUCUGUGAAAGAACUUCAACCUGCUGUUGCUGAUAUUGGUGCUGCUCUUGGUUUACCUGCUCAAGGCUCUGCUCCUGAUUCUGAUCACAUCUAUUCUCAGGUGUUGAAUGAAUUCACACAUGGAAAGCAAGAAAAAGUGAGCAAAACAGAGUUCAAAGAGGUUCUCUCAGACAUUCUAUUGGGCAUGGCUGCUGGACUUAAACGAGACCCAAUUGUGAUACUUCGCAUUGAUGGAGAAGAUCUUCUUGAGUUUCUCAAUGGUUCAAGUUAUGAACCGGAAAUGGUUUCCAUAUUCUCUCAAAUUGAAUCACCUCACAAAUCACUUCAUGACCAUAUAAUUCAAGCUCUUGCCAAACUCAAUGUUGACCAUGGGAUUCCUCCUACUUCUGAUUCUUGGGUUAUUAGCAACAUUGUGGAACCAGCAAUGAUUUCUGAACAUGGGUUUGACUUGGAUAAGGCUGUUUCUGAAGAGAUAUUUUUGGAGGAAUUUAAGAAAGUGGCAAUGAGGGUGGCCAUUCGUCUUAAGGAGCAACCAGUUAUAGUUGCUCAUAGUGAAAGCACAUUUGAUGGAAGUGGUAUUAAGAGAUUAUUAUCCAACAAGUUUGAAUUAGAUAAGAUUUUGAGCUCAGCUAUGGAGACUUUGCCUAAAGAUCGAAAUGGAAAAAUGUCAAAGGAAUAUCUAAGGGUAGCUUUGGAUGUGGUGGCUCCAUCUGCUAGUUUACCUCCAUUUGGUGCAAUUCAAGAGAUGGACAUGGUUAUUGGUGAAGUGUUUAAGAUGAUAAAUGCAGAUGAUGGGAAAUUGGUGAAAGAAGACGAAUUUAAGAAAUUAUUAACUGAAAUAUUGGGGAGUAUGAUGUUGCAAUUGGAAGGAAAUCCAAUAUCAGUUGCUUCAAAUUCAGUUGUGCAUGAGCCUCUAGACUCCUCUUCUACACUUCUGCAGCCAUCCCCUAAUGUUGAAACAGCAUAGCUCUCUCUAAGUUUGUAAUAUCAUCAUGGAUACAAAUAUUAAGAACCUAUAAUUAUUAUAUAAUAAUAAAAACAUUUAUUUGUGUAAAUCUAAA